UGUAGUAAUAUUGUUCGCCCAACACCAGACCAAGAGCUGAGAGCCCGGCUCAUCAGUUGGAACUAUGUUCCUACCUAAAUAGUUGUCUUGUGGAGUAACGCCCAAGCGGAACGCAAGAUAAUGAAAUAUGGAUCUUGGCCCACUAGAGGUUUCGCCGGAAAUCUCCGAAUCAAUAUUGAGGGUUAUUGAUUUGUUAAAAAUAGUGGGAGAUAAUUAAUUAAAGGCCUAAUUAAUUAUUAAACAUGAUAGAUAACCUAGUUUGCAAAAUUUUCUGUAGAUGGCAAACAACAACAACCCUUUUAACCUGCGUUACAUCCUGGAAAACAACAAGUUAUCCGGGACCAACUUUCUUGACUGGGAGAUGAACCUCCAGAUCGUUCUUGACUGUGAGAGGAAACUCUACAUCCUCGAAACGGAUCCUCCCAAGACCCCUGAUGCUGAUGCUCGUGCGUUCGAACUCACUUCCUUCAAGAAGUAUGAGGAUGACGCGCGAGAUGUAAAGUGUAUCAUUAUGGCCAGUAUGACCGUGGAGCUCCAAAGGCUCCACGCAGACAUGGAAGUGCGUCCUAUGAUACAAUGCUUAAGAGACCUUUACCAGGGUCAACCCCAAAACUUAGGUAUUUACAUUAUCGAAGUCAAUAUGUCUGAUAUCACCUCUUGGGUGAUGGAUACUGGAUGUGGUUCUCACAUCUGUACUUCUAUGCAGAACUUGCAUGAAUGUAGACAAUUGACGGAGGGAGAGAUACAACUAAAAGUCGGCAAUGGCGCACUCGUCUAUGCAUUGGACGUCGGAACCUAUAGUUUAUCUCUACCUAGUGGUCUAAUAUUGCAUUUGAAUAAUUGUCUGUUUGUACCUAGUAUGAGCAGAAACAUCAUUUCUGUAUCCUGCCUUGACAAAGCAGGAUUUUCAUUCGUUGUAAAAGACAAAACUCUUUCUGUCUUUAGAAAUGAUAUAUUUUAUGCAAGUGCAAAAAUGACCAACAGUCUCUAUGUCCUUGACAUGGAUACCACGAUAUAUAACGUAGAUGUUAAGAGAAACAAACCUAACAGUUUGAAUCUCGCGUACCUUUGGCAUUGUCGUUUGGGCCACAUUAACGAGAAACGCAUAUCUAAGUUACAUCGUUCCGGUGUACUUGAUUCAUUUGACUUCCAGUCAUAUGAUGUUUGUAAAUCUUGUUUACUUGGUAAAAUGACAAAGGCUCCAUUCACUGGUCACGGUGAAAGGGCGAGUGACUUAUUGGGCCUCAUACACUCCGAUGUGUGUGGUCCAAUUAGCACUGUAGCUAGAGGUGGUUAUUCUUACUUCGUUACAUUUACUGACGACCUUAGUAGAUAUGGAUAUGUGUAUCUCAUGAAACACAAAU